CUUUCAUGUCAUGCCAUCAUGUGAUGAGGGUUACCCAUCAUCACCCUCACCACCAUUUCCAUCAUCUUCCUCGUCUCCAAUCUCUCUCCAUCCCUCGCAUCUGCAUCUCCCUCUCUGAUUUCUCAGAUUCAUUCGAUCGGGCCUGCAAAUCGCGGGGAACCCCAACCUGGGUGCGCUUCUUCUUCCCCCCGCGGCUUCGAAUCCGCAUCAAAAUGUGAUCUUUGAUCGUUCUUGAGCAUACCCACCAAUCGAUCGCGCCUCUGCAAUCCUCUUUCCCGGCGAAAAAUUCAUUCGGUUUUGGGGGAGAGAUCGAACGGGGUAGAGGGAGAGAGAGAGAGAGAUUGGAAGGAGGUGGGAGAUGCCGAGUGUGACUGUGAAGCUCUACAGCGUCUUCUUCAAGCUGCUCCUGAAGCACCGGCUGCAGAACCGGAUUCAGUCCCGGCCCGACGAUUCCGACCCGUUCGGCGUCACCUCCCGCCCCGAGGAGUCCGUCGCCGCCGUUAACCCCUCCUUCGCCGACGGCGUCGCCACCAAGGACAUCCACAUCGACCCCUUCACCUCCCUCUCCGUCCGCAUCUUCCUCCCCGAGUCCGCCCUCUCCCCGCCCGAGCCCGUCCCCAAGUCCCAGCCCACCCGGCCCAGGGCUCGGAUCCCGCCCCCCAAGGGCGCCGAUCCCAACGGCAAUUCGCAGGGUAAUCAGCCUCGUCGCCGCCACAGCCACGGCACCCCGACCGCGGCGGCGAGGGAUGAUCCCGGGAAGCCCGCCGGUUUCGAGGAGGGCUCGCGGUUGAGCCUCGGGCGGCGCAACAGCUUCGGAUCCUCCGCGACGCACCCGCGCAAUGCCAAGCAGAACGGUAAUCAUUUUACCGGGUUCGGUAACGAGGCGGAGAGCUUGAAUUUGAGAUCGUCUGAUGGCGGUGGUUUGCCGUACAGAGGGUAUGCGCCCUUGAUUGGCAAUGCGAGGAAAUUGCCAGUGAUGUUGCAGUUUCAUGGUGGAGGUUGGGUGAGCGGCUCGAAUGAUUCGGUGGUGAAUGAUGUCUUCUGUCGGAGGAUGGCGAAGUUGUGUGAUGUGAUUGUUGUCGCGGUCGGGUAUCGGCUUGCGCCAGAAAAUAAGUACCCGGCUGCAUUCGAGGAUGGGAUGAAGGUAUUGAAUUGGUUGGCAAAGCAGGCUAAUUUGGCAGAAUGUAGUAAAUCUAUGGGUAGUUCACGAGGAGUUACCACCGAGUCUAAGAAAUCUGACCUUCACAGGCAUAUUGUUGAUACUUUUGGGGCACAGAUGGUUGAGCCCUGGUUGGCAGCUCAUGGAGAUCCCUCCAGAUGUGUUCUCCUGGGCGUGAGUUGUGGUGCAAACAUUGCGGACUAUGUGGCACGGAAAGCUGUCGAGGCAGGCAGACUAUUGGAUCCUGUUAAGGUUGUCGCUCAGGUUCUCUUGUAUCCAUUUUUCAUGGGAAGUGUGCCUACGCAUUCUGAGAUAAAGCUAGCAAAUUCGUAUUUCUACGACAAAGAUACGUGCCUACUUGCCUGGAAACUCUUCUUACCCGAAGAAGAGUUCAGCCUGGACCAUCCUGCUGCAAACCCACUCAUCUCUGGCCGAGGGCCACCCUUAAAGCUCAUGCCUCCAACACUCACAGUGGUGGCAGAACACGACUGGAUGAGAGAUAGAGCCAUUGCUUACUCAGAGGAACUCCGUAAGGUGAACGUUGAUGCUCCUGUUUAUGACUAUAAGGAUGCGGUUCAUGAAUUCGCGACGCUUGAUAUGCUUAUCAAGGCCCCCCAGGCUCAGGCUUGUGCAGAAGACAUUGCUAUCUGGGUCAAGAAGUACAUCUCAUUCAGGGGACACGAGUUUUCAUACUAGGCAGGAGAUACCAACUGGAAUGACUUGGAACUGGAGGUUCCACUCUUGGCAGUAUUGCUUGGGAUGGCUGAAAUAGCGAGUCCUUCUUGCUGCCACUACCUCUGAAUUUUGACACAGCAGUCAGGAUGACGGCUCAUCGAUUUUAAUACUCAAGCCAUAUCGGGUUUAUUUGUGAGAAAUAUGUAACGAGAGAUUAGGAUAGAUUUGGGCGUGAGAUGCAUUUGCUCCUGAUAUAGCUUAUAUGCCUGAUCAGAACAUUGUCUUCGGCAUCUUUUUUUUCUUCCUGUGAAUUAAGAUGAACAAUGCUUCAAUGAAUUCAGUUGGUACAAUUAAGUACCCUCUACAA